AUGGUUUGCACAUGUGAAAUUUGCCCUGAAGCUUUGGAAGCUGGCCAGCUGUUCUAUCCUAUGCUGGAUAUAACCCCGUAUAGCUUAGGUUUCUACAGCAGGGAUCAUUCGAAAAUCUACUGUUAUGGUGAAAGUGAAGCAAGGGCAAAGACCAAAGCACGAUUUGAAGAAGUUUUUAAGAGCUAUACUGACAGGGCAGCUAAUAACAAGAAACUGAAAAAGACCACUUCUCAAGACAGCAUUGUGCUUGAAACAUUUAAGAACAAAUUUGAUCUUGCCAAAGAAAAUGAGUAUGAGACUGUUCUCACUGGCACAUAUGAUCCAGAUAAGAGCCCACAAUUUCCAAAAAGUGGAGAGAGAGACAAAACUGUGGGAUCCAGAAAAAUAAACAGUGACAGCCAUUUAGUGGAAGGCAGAGGCCAAAGAAAGAAGAAGAAUGAGCCUGUUGAGGAUCAACUUAAGGAUGAGCAAUUCAAGGCUGAGUACAUAUCUGAAGAAAUGGACACUGGACAAGCCAGAGGAGUAGAUAAUGAAAUAUUCCAUCACAUCAGUGGAAGAAAGAAGCAAAAACAUGCACUGAAAGAACAGAUGAGCAAAGCUUAUGAGGAUGAAGAUGAAGAACAGCAACUCAUUCAAGCAUAUCAACAGCAAGUGAUUGAAGAAGCAGGAGAUAAAGUAAAAACCAAAUCAAAGAAAAAAACUAAAAAGCGAUUAGAUGUUGCUUCAAAUGUUGUAGUUCAGGAAGGGGUGUUGAAUGGUGAAGUAGAAGAAAACAGAGUGCGUAGUAAUGCAGAAGCUGACAUCAGUAGAGUGUCUUCAUCUUAUAUGCGACAAAUUGAGUUGGAGGAUAAGAAGAAAAAGUCAGACAAAAAUACAGAAGUGUUCUCACCAGAAACAGAAGCAGAUGGCAUUGAUGCUGUACAGAAACAUAGAACUGUUGAAGGAGACCAAUAUAAAACUAAAAGGAAAAAGGUAAAGAAAAAAGCUGUCGGAGAAGAAUCUGGACCUAGAGAAGUCAACAAGCCUAUAUCAGAAGCAGAAGAUGAGCAGGAGCAAAAGAAGCAGGUUCAUGAUGACAGUUUUGUUCUUGGAGUCUACAUUCAUCGCAUGGACAGACCUAAAAUGGAUUUAAUGGUGUCGAAUCCUGUCGUUAAAGUGCAUGUGGUUGAUGAAGUCACUGGGAUGUAUGUAAAGAAAGAGAAUAGUCAUCCAGUAUCCCUUGAUGAGAAAGAGAAAGGAGAACAUAUUCUUCCCGUCAUGACACAGCCAUACUCUUUCAAGAAAUUCAAGUCAACCAUUCCAGAAUGGGAAGAGCUAGUCAUUUUUAAUGAACGUUUUGGGUAUUUUCUCCAGGAAAGUGAAGAACAGCCUAAAGUAAUUUUGUUUUUUGAGGUGCUUGAUUUAUUAUGCUCAGAUGAAGCCAAAGCCAACUUUGAUGUUCAGAAUCAAGAGCAAAGAUUUUGCAAGAUCUCCUGGGCAUUUUUAAAGCUUGUAGGUGCUAAUGGAAACAGAAAUACUGAUGGAAAACUUCGCCUACAGCUGUAUUAUCCUCCUCAAAGGAAAAGAACACAAUUAAAUACCACAGAAAUUUUUGAUUGGUGGAAAAAAUACCCUAGAGAGCGUUCCCCAUCAACUCUGUAUGUAACAGUCAAAGGCCUAAAGUUACCAGACCAGCUGAAUCCUUUAUUUCAUUCCACAAUGGCUGUUCACCAAGACCAAGGUAGUUCAUCUCACAAUGAACAACAAAGUGAGAUGGCAAACACAAAUACUAAUGCCUCUCUAGAUGGAAAAAAGACUGAUUUUCUGAAGUGGUCGAGACUUCCCGGACAGGCUUGCCGUAUUCCAAAUAAGCAUCUUUUGUCACUGCGAGCAGGGCAGAUGGGUUGUUUCUGCAUAUGCUUCUCACAUGAUGGAAGAACAUUGGCAGCUGCUUGUGCCGACAAGGAUGGUAAUCCCAUAUUAUUAUAUGAAAUUCCUUCUGGUCGUCGUUUGAGAGAAUUUAUUGGGCACCUUAACAUUGUAUAUGACCUGUGCUGGAGAAAUGAUGACAAGAACUUUCUUUCUGCAUCCUCUGAUGGCACUGUAAGAUUGUGGAAACCUGGACUUCACGAUAAUCGUUCAGAUAAGGUUCUUCCACAUCCGUCAUUUGUCUAUGCUGCUAGAUACCAUCCUUUCGCUGAAUAUCUUGUGGUGACAGGCUGUUAUGACAGUGUGAUUAGAGUUUGGAAUGUCAGUGUGAAAGAUAUUCAUGGCCAGUUACUGCAAGAGAUUGCAGGUCAUAAAAGCUUCAUAAAUGCACUUUGUUUUGAUGCAGAAGGCCUACACAUGUUUUCUGCAGACAGUUCGGGUGUUAUCAUAGUCUGGAAUACAUUUGUCAGUAAAAGUUCACCUCAUCACUCAUCACAGAAGUGGCACUCAGAUAAGGAAAUUAUAGAAAAUGAUCUUAAAGGGGUUUCAGUGAAUCACCUGGAAAUGCAUCCCAAUGGCAGACGUCUGCUGAUUCAUGCUAAAGACAGUAUUUUGAGGGUUAUGGAUCUUAGAAUAAUUGCAUCAAAGAAAUUUAUUGGUGCUGUUAACUACAGAGAAAAGAUCCGUAGUACCUUUACACCAUGUGGAACCUUUCUUUUUUCUGGUAGUGAGGAUGGUACUGCUUAUGUCUGGAAUGCAGAAACAGGGGACCAGGUGGCAAUGUAUUAUGAUCUUUGUUACUCGACCCCGCUACGUGAUAUUGCCUUUCACCCCCAUGAACACAUGGUGGCCUUCUGUGCCUUUGGACAAAAUCAGCCAAUACUUGUGUACCUAUAUGAUCAUAAAGUUGCUCAACUGGAAGCAGAAGCCAUAAAGGAUCUAAGUGGUACACAGUCUCUUUCUUUACCAAAAGGGCCAAGAAUUCUGACCAGUGGUUCUGAUACGACUAUGUUACAAGACCAGUCUUCACCCUUAUUUGACAAAUUUGCCAGUGCUGCUAGAAUUUCAACAAGAAUGCAAAAAGUGAGACAGAAGCUGGAUUCAGUAUUGGAUUUAACAUCACACAGUGUAUCUAGAAUGGAGCUGCUUUAUGACAGACCAGUCACAUCAACAAUGUUGGAUUUGCCAAGAGAGUCCAGUGUUAACAAUCCUGUAAGUAUCAGAUGCUUGCACUUCAUUGAACAUCGUCAUAACAAGUUGUGCUCCCACUGUCACGAGCUUCGUGGAGAGGGUGUUUACUGGAUGUCUGCCAUCUUGGAAUCUCCAGCUACCACAGAAUUCUUAAACAUUGAGUAUGAGGAAUCCCUUGAAGCUAAAAAAAAUGUUGCUGUUUUGAAAGGCACAUAA